AUGUCGUCGAAGAAAGCGAAGACGAGAAACGAAGCAAGUAGCAGCCGUUGUAGCGUCGUCGGAGAGAGUAUAGUGGCUGAUUGUGGACGAAACAUAUCCACUUGCGGUUACUGUAAAUCCCCUUCGGCCUCCAGUAUCUCUCACGGUUUAUGGACAGAGAGUCUCACCGUUAAUGACUACCAAGCUCUUCUUGACCGUGGAUGGAGACGAUCUGGCUGCUUCAUUUACAAACCUGAGAUGGAUAAAACAUGUUGUCCUUCUUAUACAAUCCGCUUGAAAGCGAGUGAUUUCGUUCCUUCUAAGGAACAACAACGAGUUCUUGCACCGUUGCACGGGGAACUAGAUGUGACACCGAGGGAGCAGACAAAAGAUCCAGACGUUUCUUUCCCGGGCGAAGUUUUAGAGUUUGUGAGAAAAGUACCUGGAAUUGUGAAAAGAGAACAAAAGAAUGAGAACCAAUCAUGA